AAGAAAUUAAAGCAGUACCUCUAACAGCUUCUUUUUCACUAAGCAGUCAAUAUCUGGAUAUAUAAACCAUGGGGAAUUGUCUGGUUCUGCAAGGAAAUGUUAUCAAGAUCAUGAAAUCAGAUGGGAAGAUCCUUGAAUACCAAGCACCCAUAAAAGUCCAGCAAGUUCUGUCAGAUUUCUGUGAUCAUGCAAUAGCUGAUUCACUUCAGGCUUUCCAGCAUCUUUUGCCAGACACCAACCUACUUGGUGGUCGCUUGUACUAUCUUGUGCCGCUUCAACUCCCGUCCCCAGCUAAGAAGAAGAAAGUACGAUUUUCAAUUCCAGAGGAUCAGGAGGUCAAAGAUGUUCAAGAAAAAACCAGUGUAGUGAGAAUCAAGUUGGUGAUCAGUAAGCAAGAACUGGAGGAGAUGCUAAGAAAGGGAGGAGUUUCAGUUAAUGAUAUGGUUUCUCAGCUUCAGGGACAACAGAGAGUGCAAACGGUUGAUAUCCCUGAUGGAGUGAACACCUGGAAGCCUGUGCUAGAAAGCAUACCUGAAAGAAGCCACUAGAAGUCUAAGUGUAACGACUCCUUUUUAGUUCUAACAUAGGAAUAGAUUUACCAUGUACUUACUAUCCCUGCUGAAAGAUAUUGAAAGAAUACAAUAUUUAGCUCGCUUCCUAAUCAGAAUUACUUAGAUCUUAA